CCUGAGGGAGGCUCGAAGGCUCAAAGGCCAUUGGCGGAAUUGUCCACCGCUCAUCCCCACCCCCUGGAGGGGGGGCGGUAAUGACAGCGUCCCAAUUUCCGGUUCCGGCAGUACCGAGAGCUGAUUCGAGAUGGAGGAAGAUGCGACCGGAGGCCAGCAGUCACUGGGAAUGGAGUAGAGCGUGGGGCAUGCGGCCUAGAAGUCUGGGCUUGGAGUUCGCCUCAGACGCGGUGGAGCCCCCGGGAUCUGAACAGGUCUUUAGUCACAAUGGAGGACAAACGCAACAUCCAGAUCAUAGAGUGGGAACACCUGGACAAAAAGAAGUUCUACGUGCUGGGUGUGGCAAUGACAAUGAUGAUCCGAGUCAGCGUAUAUCCGUUCACUCUCAUCCGCACACGGCUGCAGGUUCAGAAGGGCAAAAGCCUCUACCAAGGGACCUUUGAUGCCUUUAUCAAGAUCCUGCGAGCAGACGGUGUGACUGGCCUCUACCGGGGAUUCCUGGUCAACACCUUCACCCUCAUCUCUGGCCAGUGCUAUGUCACCACGUAUGAACUCACCCGGAAGUUUGUAGCUGACUAUAGCCAGAGCAACACAGUCAAAUCUCUGGUGGCUGGUGGCUCAGCUUCCCUUGUGGCCCAGAGUAUCACAGUACCCAUUGAUGUUGUCUCUCAGCACCUGAUGAUGCAGCGCAAGGGUGAAAAAAUGGGCCGCUUCCACGUGCAGGGGAACCCAGAAGGACAAGGGGUAGUUGCCUUUGGCCAAACCAAGGAUAUCAUCAAACAGAUCCUGCGGGCUGAUGGGCUUCGCGGCUUCUACCGAGGUUAUGUAGCUUCACUGCUUACCUAUAUCCCAAACAGUGCUGUCUGGUGGCCCUUCUAUCACUUCUAUGCAGAGCAGCUCUCCUACCUAUGUCCAAAGGAGUGCCCUCACAUUGUCUUUCAAGCCAUCUCGGGUCCUUUAGCUGCAGCCACUGCCUCUAUCCUCACCAAUCCCAUGGAUGUCAUCCGAACCCGCGUGCAGGUUGAGGGCAAGAACUCUAUCAUCCUGACCUUCAGACAACUGAUAGCAGAAGAAGGGCCUUGGGGCCUCAUGAAGGGCCUGUCGGCUAGAAUCAUCUCAGCCACACCUUCUACCAUUGUCAUUGUGGUGGGCUAUGAGAGCCUCAAGAAACUCAGCCUCCGACCUGAGCUGGUGGACUCAAGACAUUGGUAACCAGUGAUGGGGAGAGAAACCUGUUCUUUUCCACACUACUCUGGGUUGGAGGCAGAAUGGGGAGGAUAGUACCUUCUCCCCGUGCCCCCACUGCAUACUGAGCCCUGCCCUGGGUCAGGUGGCCUAUCUGGGACAGCGAUGGAAACUGAACUGCUCUUGCUGAAGAGGAUCCAUGCCUGGAUUCCUUGCCCCCACUAUUUUUAAUUCUCCUGCUGAGCUGGGCACCUUCCCUCAGUCCCUGUUUUCCAUCCUGCCCUAAGGAACCCACCCUGUUUACCCUUCUGGUUCACUUGUUCCGUCUGUGUCCCCGAGACUCCGAGAAGAGCUGUACAUAGAACCUGCUUUCCUGCCACUGGUUCUUCACUUGGGCUUUGGGCCUAGGCUCCAAGCAGCUGCUGUAAGCCCUCUCCCUCUUCAUCUCUUAGGUUUGCUUAUUAUUUGGGGACUGAGCUGCCCACCAGACCACUCUGCUUUGCCCUGUCACAUGGGGCUAAGGUGCCAGGUACUUUUGCACAGGGAGCAGGAGCAGCAAAAACUCUGGUUUUUCAGAGCACUUAUCUUCUCUUUGGAGGAGUUAAUAGAUUGGGGAGAAAUGUGGGUACUUUAUUUUGUGUAUUUUUUUUUUUUAAAUAACUGUGAACUAGGCUGGCUAGUGAUUUAGUCCUGCUAAAGCACUGAUCCUGCUGACAGAGCCUGCCUUGUUCUCAGACUGGGGGGAAAAUGUAGUCUAGCUUUUUUCCCAAUCCUCCUUCCCUUUCCUUUCAGUUUUCCCUUCAGUCCCAGCCACCCUAAGACAAUAUAAGCUAUGGGCUUCCCCUGGUCCAGAAACUACGGUGGUGGGCACAGUCCUAAGCAGAUCAGACGGUCUGAGGUAUACUGGACUUGGAGCACUACCCUGAAAAGUCAGACUGAGAAAGUACGUGAUUUGAAAGGUGACAGGAAGGUAUGUGUUCCCCACGCCAGCUGAGCCAAGCCUAGGAGCAGGAAGUGGAGGUUCUCAGCCCCAGACAGCCAUGUACACACCCCAGUCACUCAGACUCAUGGCAGCAAGUGUUAUCUCACCAAGGGAAUCUCUGAGAUGUGGAACUGUGUUUUUCUUCUCUCUGGCUGUGAAGUCAUCCCAGUCAUGAUUCUCUGUGAGGGAUGCUGGAGGGAGAAUAAAGAGCAGUUCAGGAAGUCACCCA